CGCCUCUUUCCCGCGCCGCCCGCAGCGGGCGAGGAGGGCUGCGCCGGCGGCGCUUCGCAUGUGAGGCGCUAGGCCAGGCUGCGGCCGAGGGCGCCAUGGAGGGCAGCCCCAUCCCGGUGCUGACGGUGCCCACGGCGCCCUUCGAGGACCAGAAGCCGACGGGCGGCGGCGGCCUGCGGAGACCCACGGCCGUCUUCGAGAGUCAGCGCAACUACCUGCCCAACUUCGUGCAGAGCGUGCUGUCGUCCGUCGACCUCCGCGACCGCCAGGGCUGCACCAUGGUGGUGGGCAGCGACGGCAGGUACUUCAGCCGGACGGCCGUCGAGCUGGUGGUGCAGAUGGCGGCGGCCAACGGGAUUGGAAGAUUGGUUAUUGGUCAGAAUGGCAUCUUAUCCACCCCUGCUGUUUCUUGCGUUAUCAGAAAGAUCAAAGCAGCCGGUGGGAUUAUUCUGACUGCUAGUCACUGCCCUGGAGGACCUGGAGGAGAAUUUGGAGUUAAGUUUAAUGUUGCCAAUGGAGGACCAGCUCCUGAUGUUGUUUCUGACAAAAUCUACCAGAUCAGCAAAACCCUUGAAGAAUAUGCCAUUUGUUCGGACCUGAGAAUUGACUUAUCUCGGCUAGGAAGACAAGAAUUUGAUUUGGAGAACAAAUUCAAGCCUUUCCGUGUUGAAAUAAUAGAUUCAGUGGAAGUCUACCUCAAUCUUCUACGGACUGUCUUUGACUUCAGUGCCAUCAGAGGGUUGCUAACAGGGCCAAAUCAACUUAAGAUCAGAAUUGAUGCCAUGAAUGGAGUGAUGGGUCCCUAUGUCCGGAGAAUCCUGUGUGAUGAAUUAGGAGCUCCUGCUAAUUCUGCAGUUGACUGUGUUCCUUUGGAGGAUUUUGGUGGCCAGUAUCCUGACCCGAACCUGACAUACGCCACUUCUUUGUUGGAGGCAAUGAAAGGAGGAGAGUAUGGCUUUGGAGCUGCUUUUGAUGCUGAUGGAGACCGCUAUAUGAUCCUAGGUCAAAAUGGUUUUUUUGUGAAUCCUUCAGAUUCAUUGGCCAUCAUUGCUGCCAAUCUCUCCUGCAUUCCCUAUUUCCGCCAGAUGCCCGUGCAUGGGUUUGGUAGGAGUAUGCCUACUAGCACAGCACUCGACAGGGUGGCAAAAUCAAUGAAAGUCCCUGUGUAUGAAACACCAGCAGGCUGGAGGUUCUUCUCAAAUUUGAUGGAUUCUGGUCGAUGCUCACUUUGUGGAGAAGAAAGCUUUGGCACUGGAUCUGACCACAUUCGAGAAAAGGACGGACUUUGGGCUGUCCUAAUUUGGCUGUCAAUCAUAGCAGCUCGAAAACAGAGUGUGGAAGAGAUUGUCCGAGAGCACUGGGCAAAAUUUGGCCGCCACUACUACUGUAGAUUUGAUUAUGAAGCUCUGGAUCCCAGGACAGCAUAUUUCAUAAUGAGAGACCUGGAGGCUUUGAUCACUGACAAAUCUUUCAGUAAUCAACAAUUUGCUGUUGGAAGCAAUGUCUACAGUGUGCAAAAAGCAACCAGCUUUGAAUAUGUGGAUCCCGUUGAUGGGACUGUGACCAAAAGACAGGGGCUAAGGAUAAUUUUCUCGGAUGCAUCCAGACUCAUCUUCAGAUUAAGUGCUUCUAGUCAUGUGCGAGCUACUCUCAGGAUCUAUGCAGAAAGCUAUGAAAAGGACCCCAACAAACACGACAAAGAACCACAGGCUGUACUGAGUCCUCUCAUAGCAAUUGCGCUGAAAAUAUCCCAGAUUCAUGAGAGGACAGGUCGUAAGGGUCCUAGCGUCAUCACCUGAACCAAGGAAAGAUCGCUAACCCCGGGCCAAAAUUGAGAGGGGAAGGGAGAAAGAAGACUUGUCAAAUCAUAUUCUUUUUUUUGCAUUAUAUUAUUCGAAGGGUUUGUGGGAGGUGGGAGGGAGCAAAAUUCAGUCCUGGUCACUAAGACAGCAGUGCAUUUGCUUCUGUGCUAUGGCUUCAGCAUAUUAUUGUACACAUAAAUAACCAAAGAGAAAAGUUCAAUUUAUAUUAAGACUCAGUUAUUGCAAAAUGCCAGUGUGGCAGAAAAAUCUCGUGCUCUGCAUUUGCAAAGCAGGAGCAGGCUGCAUACUCUGCAAUCUAGCCUUUUGAGAAUCCUCAGCUUUAAUUCAAAAAGAAAGUACUCAUGGUAAGUAUGGAAAUGUUCUGUCAUGUUUUGAAAAGGCUCAGAAGCAAAAGGAGUUGUUUUCCAAACACAGUUUGGGAAGGGGCAGUUCACUAUUUUGAACUAGAAACAAGGCUGUCGGUCACUGCAGCUGACUGGAAGACUCAGCUGCUGAGAGGUGACUUUCAGUGCCCAAGAUGCACCACACAAAGCAGUGUGUCAAUGAAUGUGUGAAAGCAAUGCCAUAUAUGCAGGAGCUGCACAUGGGGCUGUUCUAAUCCUUACUGGCAUGUGUAGCCCAACCCUCUGCAUGUAUCCUUAGGGCUGUGUAAGUAUGCAUAGUAUUGCAGCUUUAAGCAGAUACAGUGGUACCUCUGGUUAUGUACUUAAUUCAUUCCGGAGGUCUGUUCUUAACCUGAAACUGUUCUUAACCUGAAGCACCACUUUAGCUAAUGGGGCCUCCCGCUGCUGCUGCUGCCACACGGUUUCUGUUCUCAUCCUGAAGCAAAGUUCUUAACCCGAGGUAUUAUUUCUGGGUUAGCGGAGUCUGUAACCUGAAGCGUAUGUAACCUGAAGUGUAUGUAACCUGAGGUACCACUGUACUUUAUUUGCCUGAUUUAUCAUGAAUAACAAGCACUGUUUUAUACACUAUUUGAAACCUGGCAUCUACUAUACUCAUGCACAGUUUGUGCAAUUGAGACUUUUGAAUUUAAAAUGUGAAGGAAGAAAAUAGACAUCCAUCCAACUCUGUGAUGAAUGAAAGUUCCCCUUUCCCACCCAGCCCCCUUCCCAACCUCCCUUCUUUCAAAGGAUAUACCAACUAUGUUACGGUUACUAAACAAUCCUGAAGGAGGCCUCCUUCUUUAGUAUUUAGCCACUGCAGCUGUCUUGGCAGAGACCCUUGUCUGUCAUUAGAUUUUACACAUUUUGAAAAGACUGCUGGCACGCUCCCUCCCCCCCACUUUUAAAUAAAUGAGCUAUUAUAAAUUGGAUUCAAAAUAUUUGGAUACUGUCUCCCAAGAUGAAUUUGUGUUCCACUUCUUUGCGUUUGAGUAAUUGGCAGAGUUUGACUUUACUACGCUGGAAGAGUCAUGGGAUCCCUUUAAAAAGCCAUGCUGCACAUUCAAAAGACUGUCUCUGCCUGGAGUGUUCAGUUAUCACAUGCUGAUUUAACAGAGUUCUGGGACUAAAUUGGCAUUACAGUGGUACCUCUGGUUACAAACUUAAUUCGUUCCGGAGGUCCAUUCUUAACCUGAAACCAUUCUUAACCUGAGAUACCACUUUAGCUAAUUGGGCCUCUCACCACCACCACACCGGUGGCACACAAUUUUUGUUCUCAUGCUGAGGCAAAGUUCUUAACCCGAGGUACUACUUCCGGGUUAGCCGAGUCUGUAACCCAAAGUGUUUGUUACCAAGGUACCACUGUACUCUCUGGUUAUAGAAGUGCAUAAUAGCUGAACACUCAGAGACUUUUCCAACAUACUGUUUUGAACUUGCGAAAACUAACUUUUUAAAGGGGUCAUAUGCCCUCAGAUAUUGGAAAUAUGGUGGGGUUAAUCCUCUGAGAUUAGGGGAAGAACAAUUCUGGGCAGAUAAGAUACAUUAGCAAAAUGUUGAAGUCCUGGUACAACAUCAUCAUGUUUCAUGCUUAUGUGAUUCCCUUAAAUGCCAGCACAAAAUGAAAUGAAGGAAGUGAUGCAUAGUUCUAAGCAGGGCUUUUUCAGGAAGAACUCUCCGGAACUUAGUUCAGGCACUUCUCUAAUUCACUUAGCUGUCCGAAAGCGGACCACAUGCUUUAUCAGAGGGUCAUAGCAUGACAUAUCAUGGAACAGAUGCAGCAGAGGAAAGAAUGUUUGGGUACACCAAAUGGUUCUUGUGGCUACGGAAGAACAUGAAGGCUCCAGCCAUGGCACACGACACUGAAAUGAUAAGAACUAUUUGUGCAUGUGACUCCUUUGAAUGCUUUUCUUUGCUUGUCAUUUGUUGAGAUGAGUUUGUGAUAUUUUAGUAGCCUAGUAAUAUUAAUUGCAAUUGCCAAAUGUUCCUUUUUAGUGCAAUCUGAGUGAUCUUGUGCUUUCAGAAAGGGAUUUGGUUUAUUCUGAUAUUUGUCAAAACUUACUAUGACAUUGAAUAAAGUGAAAUGCCAUGUUUUUGCCUUGCAUGAAAUUGCUGAUAAUAAGACACAGCUUGGCCUAAUGCAGCACAGGGUUUUUUUAGCUGUGCCUAAGUAAAUGAAGCACUGAUUGUUUUCUCACUUCUAAAAGCACAGUGUUUUAUUGCAGUAUUAUUAAACAUCUUUUUUUGUAAAUCUAAAAA